CCCUGAGGACAGAAUGCAUCUCCUCCUCCUGGCCGUCUUCUUGGCAGUGGGCAUUACUGCUGAUGCCAGCCCCCGAGCAUUGUGGCAGUUUCGAAAUAUGAUCAAGUGCGUCAUUCCCGAUAGUUACCCCCUGCUGGACUACAACAAUUACGGUUGCUAUUGCGGCCUGGGUGGGAGCGGCACCCCUGUGGAUGAACUUGAUCAGUGCUGUCAGGUGCACGACGAGUGUUAUUCAAAGGCCCUGAAGCUUGACAGCUGCAGUUCUAUCCUGGGCAACCCCUACACCAAUAGUUAUUCCUACAGCUGCUCUAACAAUGAAAUCACCUGCAACAGCAAAAAUGAUGACUGUGAAGCCUUCAUCUGCAACUGUGAUCUAAAUGCUGCCUACUGCUUUUCCACGGCACCAUACAACAAAGAAAACAAGAACUUGGACUCGGAAACAUACUGCAGCUGA